AUGCCAGACGUCAAGCGAGUGGUUCCAAUGUUCAACUUCACGUCGAAUGUCGUCACCGCCGACUGGAUCCCUCUGGCUCAACUGCUAGGCGACCCGUCCCUGUCGUUGUUCAUCACCCAUGGUGGCAUUAGCAGCAUGAUGGAAGCCGUCGGCCACGCCGUACCUAUCCUUGGCAUCCCCCUUCAAGGUGACCAGUUUUAUAACCUUGGUCGUCUGGUCGAAAGAGGCAUGGCGGAUAUGAUUAGCGUCGAGGAACUAACCGUGAAGAGACUUUCUGACAAGCUAUCCAAUCUACUUGGCGAAGCUGUAGACUUAUCAGACUCAACGCCUCCGCUGCAAUCGUCUCGUGGCCAGCAGCAGAGAUAUAGUUUCAGCUCAAUAACGGCUUUUGGAGAGCGAAGUGAUGCUGAGGUAAAUAAUUACCUCUCCAGUCACGACAGGGAACUGAUGCAGAGUUCGGUCAAACACAUGGCAUGA